AUGUGCACUGGAAAAUGUUCCCGCUGCAUUGCUAUUACUCUGUACCCACUAGUAGUCAUAUCUAUCAUCUGUAACAUCGUGCUGUUCUUCCCCGAUGGGGACGUCAGCUAUGCCAAAGACGGACAUAUUACAGAGGAGGUGAAAUAUAUGGGGGGACUCAUUGGAGGGGGCGUACUGGUGUUGCUACCAGCACUGUACAUUCAUUUAACUGGUAAAGAGGGUUGCUGUGGAAAUCGCUGUGGGAUGUUCUUAUCAAUUGCAUUUGCUGCAGUGGGUGUUGCUGGUGGCCUGUACAGUAUAAUUGUUGCAGUACUUGGUUUGCAGAAUGGGCCUCUCUGCAAAACCGGACUGGUCUGGACAACGCCUUUUAAAGAACUCACAGGUGAUAGCAACUACCUGACAGACAAGACAUUAUGGAGCUGGUGCACAGAGCCUAAGAACAUUGUGGAGUUCAACCUUGGACUGUUCAGCACUCUGCUGGUGACAAGCUGCCUGCAGGUGAUCCUCUGUGCCAUACAGAUGAUCAACGGGCUCUUUGGCUGUCUGUGUGGAACCUGCAAUAAGGAAGCUCAGAUCGCCUAA